UUUUAUGUAAAUUCAUCCAAUUUUAUGAUGCCCACACCCUUUGGCGACGAUUGGCAGGGCUGCUACAGGCCCGACCUGUGCUAUUCUGUGCUGAGGCUUCUCAAAAUGACAUAUAUGCCUCUACCCCAGAACUAGCGAGAUGGAGGGUGACGUAGAGGGUCUGGUGGCGAUCGUGCAGGGGCUGGACGACGCCGGCGUGACCCUGACCGUGAUGAAUAGACAGCGGGAGCGCGCGCCGCGCCGCCCGCAGCGACAGAGGAGAUUAGAGAUAAACCCCAUGCCGGCGAGUAACCAGGGCUCGCCCGUGCCGCAGAGCUCCGUGACGGAGACGAACGCGCGGGCGAAGACCACCAGCACCGGCGCGCAGAUAUGUGACGGACGAUAUGCGAGCAGCUACAGGUUGGCGCACUGCAGGGUCGUCCCCACGUCGCCGCCUGAACGAGUGUCCGAGUUCCCGCCUCAGAGGAGGGAGCCUUGUCGAAAUCAGGGAAAUUUUGAAGUGGGUGGUCACGGUAGCGGCCAGUUCCGACCGAUGUCAGCCCACUGCAGGGCUAGUGGGAGCCUAAACUUUAGCGAGAGAGCUACAGUACGGCCCAGUAAGUCCAACCGCGGUGUUGAUGCGUUCAUCCACUCGCUUCGCAAGUAUCCGAGUUUGUCGCCAGUCAACACUGCCUCCACUGACUUGAUAGAGAAGAUUAUCAGAUGUGCGCAAGCCAAGACUAACUCUCCAAAAUCGUCACGGACAACGAAAAGCAUGCGGUCCUUACACAAGGACCGGUCUUCCGCUACGGACGUGACGAAGGUCUCGAAGCACCAGCAGACGUACACCAGAGGGCGGCAGAGCACGCCCGGGAACCUCCCGCUGGGGUACAAAGGGCGGACUAAGAAUUUUAAGCUUUAUUCCCCGACGAGCGAUAGUAGGAACAUCAAGUACAAGGAUCCUCCAUUCGACACUAACUACGAUUACCUGAAGGCAGGCAGCUCCCGUCGCGACUGGAACGAGGCGGCCGAGAACCGGCUGAACGAGGUCAGCCGCUACAUUCGCAGUACCAUCCGAAAUAUGUAUAACGAAAGACCCCUCGUGUUCCAAGUCUGCCCGAAGCUCAGAAACAGAUACAUCCAGCACAAGAGGAACAGUUGUCCCGCUAAAGUGACCGAUUCGAUGAUUAAUGACGAGGAGGAUCAAGCCCCCGCUCCAAGCUUCUCCAGGUUCCUUGCGUCUAUCGCUGGUCGUAGGACACCCGAUAGUGGAUCAGAAUCUCCUGAACCGCCGGAAUCUCAGGAUUCUCCGGAAUCACCAGAAUCGCCGGAAUCACCGGAAUCGGAGGAAUAUUGUUAUUGCACAAAGUCCUCGCAAUGCCCUUGUAAACCCCACGCAUCCACUAGCACGUCUCUCUUCUACACGCAGUUAAUCCAACCGCGGAAGUCUAGCUAUUGCUCAUGCUGUCCUGGAAGAGAAGAUAAGUCCUCACAAAACCCUUGCCCUUGCGAACCAAUAGACGAUGAACCGGCAGACUGCUGCUGCGGGGAAUGGGAUGAUAAACAAUAUUAUGACCAAAGAAUCGACGAAGAAAUUGAAGAAUGGCUCAGUGAAAUUCCGGUUCUCAGCUCAGAGAGACCGGAACAUAGAAGACGAAGGGAUACACUAAUGGGACUGUUGGGAAUCGAAUUGAAAAACUUGCCUGAUGAUGAAGAUUUUGAAGAAAAUGCCGUGAAGCUAAUCACGACUUACGUCGAUCAAAUACCAAUGUGGUUUCCUGGAGGUAAGAAAAAAGAACAAGAUUUUAAAGAUCAAUUAGCUGAAAAACUCAUUGAUCAGAUUUUAGAUGUUCCAAGAAAACCUAAUCGAUUUAAGGAUGCUGUUAAAAAGUCCUUUAAAUUCGUAGAUUUUAAAUUUGAUGAUAAGGAGACUAAGGAUGAAGUUAUCAAUAGUUUUGUUGAUAAACUAAAGUCUCUCGCUGAGGACAGGCCUGAGAGCGACUCCCAUUAUAAAGAAAAAAUAAAAAAGGAAAUCCUUUUCAUGUUAGAAGAUAUGCCUGUGGAAAUGGAUGGAGAUAGACACGUCACAUUUGCUAUAAUAGCUGACAGGUUAGCAGAUGAAAUUGUCAAAAUACCUAAAAAUGUUAAUUUAUCAGAUGAUAAAAAUAAGUUAACAGAUGAAUUCAAAGAACAAAUAUCAAAUUGGGUGCAAGAAAUUGACGAAACCAAGGACCCUAAAGCAAGGGGAAUAAGAAAAUCUAUAUCAAGUUUAGCUAAAAAGUUAAACACAUUACAGUCUCAAGGUGUAGAUGAUGAUACCGUUGAAAAGAUGCGUGAAGAAAUGCACAAAUUCAUUACCGAAGUAGAUUUAGCAGUUGAUGCUGUCGAUGAAGUUAUUGAUGAUUUCGUGGAGCAAUUAACGAAUACCAUUGAAACCAAAGAAGUAGAGGAUUUAGAUGACAAUGAAUUUAAUGACCUUAUAUUCAGAUGGUUUUUAAAAAUACCAGGUGUAUCUCAUUUACAUCCACGUAUAAUUCAAAAAGCUGGUCGGGAUUUAAUAAAGAAGAUUAAAGAUGUAAGAAACCAAGGUAACCUAGACUAUGUCAAUGAUAUUGUCGACUGUUUAUUCAGUAUUGGUCUCUCAGUUGACCCUGAUAUAUUGGCAGUUCAUGUCGAAAAACUCAUGGAGAUCCUUGACAAUUGGCCAACCAAAAGAAAAUACAGAGAUCGUGCAAAACAAAACAUCAUUAAUAAUGCUCAUAGUGUAAUUGAUUCUGCACCUAUCACAAAAGAGAAAAAGAACGAACUUAAAUCUAGGUUUGAUAAAGAAAUUGCCAAUAACUUGGAUACGUUACUGUUCGACGCUGAAAAAAAAGAACGAGAACAUGUAAAGUAUGACUUACUGAAUAAAAUUGACAACAUAAUUGAUGAAAGUCGUAUACCACCAGAGAAAAAUGCAGAUUUAAAAAGAAACAUGAGCAGCACGUUAAUGAAAAGUUUCGAUAAAGCAUUCCGUGGUCUAAAAAAGGGAGAAAAUGACAAAGACUUAAAAAAAGUCCUAACUAAAACUGCAAAUGAAGUUGUCAAAAGCUUUCCUAUGGAUGUAAAAGAGAAGAAAAAUGUAUUGAGUGAAUUAAAGAAUACUUUAGCAAAGCAUAUAAAUAAACCGUUGCCACAACAUUUAAAAGAAACAAUUGGUGAAGAAAUUAACGAAAUUGUUGAUCAAGCGCCGAUUACACAAAGCCAAAAAGAAAUGAGUCAUUUAAAGGAAAGAUUAGGAGAAACUGCUGCAAAAAUAUUGGAUUCCAUACCCGUUGCAAACACAAAUGUAGGUGACAUAGAGGAAGCAAUAUUGAAAAAUAUUAAUGAGGCUAUCGAAAAAGUUCCUUUGGAUAAAGAAGAGAAAAAAAUUCUGAAACAGAAUAUAGAGAACGUUCUCGCCGAAAACAGUAAUAGAGGGUUGACAGAAGAAUUAAAAGAUAAUAUAACAGACGAAAUUAUGAACAUAAUCGAUGAAGCGCCAAUUGCUAAAGAAAAAAAGAAUCUUUUAAUGGACGAAGUCGGUAGCUCCCUGUCAAAAGAUUUUGAUAAAGCCAUGGCACAUCUGAAGACAGAUAUCGGUAAGGUAAAAACGAAAAUGCUAACGGAACUUAAUAAAACCAUUGAUAAAUCACCGAUUGACAGAGGCGGCAAGCUACAUUUAAAAAAUAAACUUAAGCAAAUGCUGUCUAACAAUUUAGAUACAUCGAUCUCCGAGGAUUUGAAGGAAACAAUAUUGGAUGAAAUUGCUAGCAAAGUUAACGAUACAGUGCUGCCAGAAGAAAAGAAAGAAGUAUUAAAAAAGAAAUUGACUGACUCUAUGGGAAUCAAGUUAUAUAAGGCGCGUGACUCAAAAUUUGGAAUCCAGGUUAAAGACAACGUAGAAAAGGAUGUGGCAAAAUUUCUUGACGAAUUGCCGUUAUCUGCAGAACAAAAAGAGGAACUUAAAGAAAAAUUGAAAGACAAGUUAAACGAAAAAGUAGGAGAUACGAUAUCGAACGUGAAAGGUACUAUUCAAGAUGAUAUCCAAAAUAUUUUGGAAUCCUCAUCAAUCCCCAUUGAUGAGCGUGAUGAAUUGAAAAGGAAGUUAGCUGAAGUCUUAAAUAAUGAUUUGGAUGAAUCAGUUAAAAAGAAGAAGAAAGUUGACGAUUUAAAAAUUAAAUUAACAAAAGACGUAGGUAAAGUAAUUGAUCAAUUACCUCUUGACGCCACCGACAAGAAGCAGUUGAAAAGUAAUGUCAAAGAUAUGCUUUCUGAGAAAUUGUACAAACCAUUAACCGAUGAGGUGAAAGAAAGUAUCAAUGAUGAUAUUCUCGACAUUGUGGAUGACGAUUCAAUUCCUGACGAAAUUAAAGAUCAAAUGUCAAAUAUCAUUAAGAAAGAUUUAGAACAACUGCCGAAGCAAGGAAAAAACAUAGCAUAUGUUAAAGAUGCAAUAGCCAAUGAUAUGGAAAAUAUUAUAGAAAACCUUAAUAUACCUAGAUUAAAAAAGAAUCAAUUAGCGGAACAAAUAAAAAAUGCGUUGAAUGAAAAUUUGGACCGUCCAGUAUCUGUUAAGAUAAAAGAAACAAUAAAAAAAGAAUUAAACAACAUGGUAGAUGGUAACGCAUUGAUUCCAGAGGAAGCUAAAUCUGAUGUAAAAGAUCAAUUAGCUAAUAUAGUUGGCAAGAAUUUUGAUUUUAUGCCUUUACGAGGUACAGGUAAAGGUGUUAUUAAACAAUCUAUACUAACUGAUAUAGACAAAGCUAUGGAUAAAUUAGGCAUUGAGCCGGCAAACAAAGAAGACUUGAAAAAAAAAUUCGACGAAACACUUUCUAAAAAUAUUCAUAAGCCAAUAAAUGAUGAAGUCAAGCAACAAUUAAAACUUGACAUCAAUGACAUCAUUAAUCAAACCAACUUAAGCGAUGACGUGAAGAAAAAUAUGCAAACGUUGAUUGAAAUGUCGAUUGCAAAAGAUUUGGAAGAAAUGGUGGCUCAGGGAAAAGACCCAAAGCAGAUAGAAGAAGCCGUAAAAAAGAAAGUUGCCAAAAUUAUUGAAAAGACACCUAUGUCUACUGAUAAAAGAAAAGAAUUGGAAAAGAAAAUUGAAGCCGCAUUCACGGAAAACGUCAUUCAACCGCUAUUAGACCAGGCAGAAGAAAAAGUCAAAGAAGAAUUAGGAAAGAAUAUUGAACAGUCCGGAAUCUCAAGUCAACAGAAAGGGGAAUUGAAUGAACAAGUUGAAAAGGCUGUGGUUAAAAACUUUAAAGAUGUAGAAACGCGCAUCCAAGAGCAAACAAAGGUUAAAGAUAAUAUUUUAAAAGGACUGGAAGCUUCCAUCGAUCAAUCACCUAUAUCAGAAGAUGAAAAAGAGGAAUUAAAAAAACAAUUACGUGAUAAAGCAGCUGACAUUUUAAGUAAACCACUGACUGAUGAUGUUGAAAAAAUUCUAAAACUCGAGACGGCUAAAGUUCUUGAUGAGGUGCCGUUAUCGCCAGAAGAAAAAGUCAAGAUUAAAGAGCAGUUGGCCGAUUUGGUUGAAGAGCAAAUUAACUCCUUACGUGAUGAGCUUUCAGAUAAGGAAGAAAUAUCAAAAGUAACUGAAGAAAAACAGAAACUCAAAGAAGUUAGUGUAGAGAAGAAUAUGAUGCAGGAGUUUCAGACUGCUAUCGAAGACUCGUCUAUACCAGAAGACAAAAAAGGAGCUAUUAAAGCUAAAUUAAAAAAAGUUGUAACUAUGUUUUUUAAAGAACCACAAUCACAGGGUUCUCCAAAUACAAUGAAAGAUCGUGUAUCUAGCGUGCUUGAAGAAACAUCAUUAGACUCCGAUCAGAAAAAUGAAUUGGAAAAAGAAUUAAAUUCCAUUAUAGAUAAAAAUUUGACUGCAUUCCUAAGCAAAGAAAUAGAAAAGGGAAAUAAACAAGUAAAAGAAUCGGCUAUAUCCGCUCGGGAUAACAUUUUGAUGGGAAUCAACACAAUAUUGGAAAAAUCAUCAAUAAGUCAAGAAAUGAAGGAAGAAGUAUUAAAACCAAUGAGGGAGUUGACUAAUGAUGUUUUCAGCAAUCCCUUUUCAGAUAGUGCACCCAACAUCAUCAAGGACGGAAUCAACAAAAUUAUUCAAGAGUCAUCAAUACCCACAGAUCAACAAAAAUUGUUGAAAAAUCAGUUAAUGAGUAUGAUUGACGACAACGUAGACACAGUGUUAUGCGAAAAUAAAAAACUAGAAGAAGCUAAACACAAACUUAUUCAAGGCUAUGAACUUCACGCCCGAAACAGCCUUUUGACGGGAAUUGAAACUACCAUCGAGGAAGCACCCCUAGCUAAGGAUGAAAAAAUAGAACUGACAACACAGUUAAAAGUUAUGACGGAUGAAGUUUUUCAGCAACCUUUCACGGAUGGUGUCAGAGACUUGAUUAAGGAUGGUAUAAAUAAUAUUCUUAAUGAAGCAGCUAUACCUCAGAACAGACGGGAUCAAAUUAUGACCGAACUAUCUGACAAGGUUGACGAUGCAAUAGAAACUUUACAAGACAGUAAAAGUCAACUAGAGUCGAAUCAAUUACAAGACUUUCAGAUUCAAGCAGAAAAUACGAUAUUGGAAGGAAUAAAAACAACAAUUGAGAAAGCAUCAAUACCUAACGAGCAAAAAAUGGAACUGAUUAAGCAACUACAAGACUUGACAAAUGACACAUUUGUGCAAUCAGUAGGAUAUGGGGUAGAUGAGAUUAUUAAAAGCGGCAUAAGCGAUAUCAUUGAUAAAUUACCUUUAUCUAAAAACAAGAAAAAUGAAAUCAGGUCUGACUUAAAUACCAUGGUUGAUAAAAAUAUACAAUUAAUUCGAGAAGAACUCAAAAAAGAAGAAUUAGAAGACGUGAAAAAAUUUGAGGAUAUUGCACUUGACAGAAUUAUAGAAGGAAUUGAGUCAACUAUUGAAGAAACUCCCCUGUCUAUAGAAAACAAAACAGAAUUAAUAACAAAAUUAAAACAUAUGACGGAUGAUGUUUUCAAACAACCAAUCAGUGAUGGCGCUCGAGACACAAUCAAACAUGGCAUAACGAAUAUUCUUGAUAAAUCCACGAUUUCUGAAGAUAGAAAGGAAUUGAUCAAGGCCGACUUGAAUGACGUAGUAGACGAAAACAUAGAAGCAUUGCGUGAUAACAUUAAAACCAUUAUCACUAAACCAACUGUGAAACCUAAAGAAGUAGAUGAGGCUGAAAUUAAAAAUAACAUUUUACAGGGCAUUGAUCAUACUAUUGAACACAAAAUAAGCUCUCCUAAAACUAGAAAUCAGAUCCAAAGACAAAUUAACGAAAUGGCAACAGAUCUAUUUCAAAAUCCGCUUACUGAAGAUGUCGUAGAUGCCGUCAGGGAUGGAAUUAUUAACAUAGUUGACGACAGUUCCCUGGAAAAACGUAAAAAAAAUGAAAUAAAAGAUGAAUUGGUUGACGUUGUAGACGAAAACAUAGAAAUGUUGAAGGAUAGUCUCAAAGAGAAAGAAACAAGGAAAGUAAAGGAGUUAGAGGAGAAUGUACACGUUAACAUCAUGCAUGGUAUGUCAGCGGCAGUAGAAAAUGCACCGAUUUCUGAAAAGAAAAAGAAACAAUUCACGAAACUUUUGCAGGAUAUGACAGAUGACAUAUUUAAACAACCAUUUGUUGGUGAUCUUCGAGGAGCUUUACUAAAAGGAACUAACAAAGCCUUAGAUGAAAUGCCGUUAACUGAAGAAAUAAAAAAUCAAUUGAAAUCCGAAUUAGUUCAAGUAAUCGAAGCAAAUGUUGAAUCUUACGAAUCCGAUAAACAAGCUAUUAAAGCUAGUACGCCUUUGAAGAAAAUAGAUGCAGCAGAAUUAAGCUAUGAACCCGAAAUAGAAGUUGACGAAAGUGAAGUAAGAACAAAUAUUUUACAAGAUUUGGAUAGGAAAAUAGAGCAAACAUUAAAACCUGAUGAGGAAAGAACAGAAAUACAACAAAAGGUAAAAGAAAUGGCGACUGAGCAAUUAAAAAAACCACUUGACGAUGACGUAGUUGAUGCCGUCAAGGUCGGUAUUAACCAAAUACUUGACAAUACCUCACUGUACCAAGGUAAAAAGAACUAUAUUAAAGAAGAGCUAGCUGAAGUAGUAGAAGGUAAUAUUGACAUUUUACGUGAUAAUCUUAUUAAAAAGGAAGAAAAGCAAAUUAAAGAACUAGAAACACGGGUGCACGAUAAAAUUAUGGAAGGUAUUUCAAAUACUAUAGACAAGGCACCAAUUUCGCCCAAGAAGAAGAAAUUAUUAAUGAAGCUGCUUAAUGAAAUGGCUGACGAGAUCUUUAAGCAACCUCUAACUGGAGACCUAAGAGAAGAUAUCAUGGAGGGUAUGAAUAAAACUCUUGACGAAAUGCCGUUGGAUCUAGAGCUAAGGAGUAGGUUAAAAUCAGAAUUAACCCUGUUGAUUGACCAAAACUGUGAUAAUUUUGAAACUGAAAAGGAAAAUAUAAUUACCCACGCACCUUUCAAGCACUUAGAUGUGAUAAGACCAGAAAGAGAAGUUGAUGAAGGCGAAAUUAAAUCAAAAAUUUUAAAGGCAAUGGAUCAGGAAAUUGAACAUAAGUUAAAAUCUGAUGAGAAUAAAAAUGAGAUUCAACAAAAACUCAAACAGAUGGCUACCGAGGAAUUCCAGAAGCCGCUCAAUGAUGAUGCGGUUGAAGCUGUCAAAGAUGGUAUAGACGAUAUUCUUUAUGAAGUUUCAAUACCUGAAGGCAAAAAAAAGGAAAUUAAAAACGACUUGACCGGAAUAGUUGAAAGCAAUAUUAAUAUCUUACGUAAUAACCUUGUAAAAAAAGAAGAAAAACAAAUCAAAGAAUUGGAAAUAAAAGUACAUGAUAAAAUGUUGGAAGGAAUCGCAAAUACUAUAGACAAGGCCCCGAUUUCGCCUAAAAAGAAGAAACUAUUAAUGAAGCUACUUAAUGAAAUGGCAGACGACAUUUUCAAACAACCGCUGACUGGAGAUCUUAGGGAAGAUAUGAAGGAUGGAAUGAAUAAAACCCUUGAUGAAAUGCCGUUGGAUUUAGAGUUAAAAUCUAGAUUAAGGUCUGAAUUAGCACUUCUGAUUGAUGAGAACGUUAACUCUUAUGAAGCUGAAAGGGAAGACAUAAUUGCUCACACACCUUUUAAGCACGUAGAUAACUUAAGACGGGAAAAAGAGGUUACAGAGGAUGAUGUUAAAUCUAAAAUUCUGAAGGGAAUGGAUAAGAGAAUUGAACAAAACCUGAAACCCGAUGAGGAUAGAGCAGAAAUACAAAAAAAGGUAAAGGAUAUGGCCACAGAGCAAUUUUUAAAACCUCUCGAUGACAGUGCCAUCGAAUAUGUCAAAGACGGUAUUGACCAUAUUCUUGACGAUACGUCGUUAUCUCAAGGUAAAAAGUAUGCUAUCAAACAUGAACUGAACGAUGUUGUUGAAAGUAAUAUUAACAUUUUACGGGAUAAUCUGAUUAAAAAAGAAGAACAGCAAAUUAAGGAAUUAGAAAUAAAAGUACACGACAAGAUUAUGGAAGGGAUCUCAGAUACUAUAGAAAAGGCAUCGAUUUCGCCUAAGAAAAAAAGACUAUUAAAAAAACUGCUUAAUGAAAUGGCUGAUGAGCUCUUCAAACAAUCGCUGACAGGUGAUCUAAGAGGCGAAAUGAAAGAUGGAAUGAAGAGAGCUCUAGACGAAAUGCCCAUGGAUCAGUUGAUGAGGACUAAAUUAAAGUCUGAAUUAUCACUAUUAAUUGAUCAGAAUAUUGAUAACUUUGAAGCAGAAAGAGAAGACAUACUUACACAUGCACCUUUUAAACACGUCGAACAUUUAGGAACGGAAAAUGAUUUUGAUGAAAAUGAAAUCAAAUCCAAUAUUCUGAAAGGCAUAGACAAGAAAAUUGAACAGAAAGUUAAACCUGAUGAAAACAGAACUGAAAUCCAACAAAAAAUCAAACAGAUGGCCACUGAGCAAUUCCGAAACCCACUUGACGACAGUGCAGUUGAAGCCGUCAAACACGGAAUUGAAGAUAUCAUCGAUCAUACCUCUUUGUCUCAAACUAAAAAGAACGAGAUCAAAAAUGACUUGGCUGAAAUCGUUGACAGUAACAUCAAUAUUUUACGAGAUCAAGUGAUUAAAAAAGAGGAAAAGCAAAUAAAGAAAUUGGAAAAUAAAAUUCACGACCAAAUCGUGGAAGGAAUCUCAAACACCAUAGACCAUGCACCAAUCGCACCUAAGACUAAGAGACAGCUCGUCAAACCCUUGAAUGAGAUGGCUGACGAGAUUUUCAAACAACCGUUGACCGAUGAUCUUAGGGACGAAAUGAAGCAAGAAAUGAAUCGAACUCUUGACGAAGUGCCGUUGGAUCAAGGGAUAAGUACCAAGAUAAGGACCGAACUGGAACAUAUCAUUGAUGAGAAUGUUGACUCUCUUGAAGCCGAACGGGAAGACAUCAUUGCACACACACCUUUCAAACAUGAAGACAAAAUGAGACCGGAAAGAGAAGUUACAGAAAACGAGAUAAAAUCUAAAAUUCUAAAAGACAUGGAUAAGGAAAUUGAACAAAAAGUGAAACCCGGUGAACACAGAGCCGAAAUUCAACAACAACUGAAACAGAUGGCCACUGAGCAAUUUCAAAACCCACUCGACGACAGUGCAAUUGAAGCCGUCAAACACGGAAUCGAAGAUGUCAUCGAUCAUACCUCUUUGUCUCAAACUAAAAAGAACGAGAUCAAAAAUGACUUGGCUGAAAUCGUUGACAGUGACAUCAACAUUUUACGAGAUCAAGUGAUUAAAAAUGAAGAAAAACAAAUAAAGGCACUGGAAAAUAAAAUUCAUGACCAAAUCGUGGAAGGAAUCUCAAACACCAUAGACCAUGCACCAAUCGCACCUAAGACUAAGAGACAGCUCGUCAAACCCUUGAAUGAGAUGGCUGACGAGAUUUUCAAACAACCGUUGACCGAUGAUCUUAGGGACGAAAUGAAGCAAGAAAUGAAUAGAACUCUUGAUGAAGUGCCGUUGGAUCAAGGGAUAAGUACCAAGAUAAGGACCGAACUGGAACAUAUCAUUGAUGAGAAUGUUGACUCUCUUGAAGCCGAACGGGAAGACAUCAUUGCACACACACCUUUCAAACAUGAAGACAAAAUGAGACCGGAAAGAGAAGUUACAGAAAACGAGAUAAAAUCUAAAAUUCUAAAAGACAUGGAUAAGGAAAUUGAACGAAAAGUGAAACCCGGUGAACACAGAGCUGAAAUUCAACAACAACUGAAACAGAUGGCCACAGAGCAAUUUCAAAACCCACUCGACGAUAGUGCAGUUGAAGCCGUCAAACACGGAAUCGAAGAUGUCAUCGAUCAUACCUCUUUGUCUCAAACUAAAAAGAACGAGAUCAAAAAUGACUUGGCUGAAAUCGUUGACAGUGACAUCAACAUUUUACGAGAUCAAGUGAUUAAAAAUGAAGAAAAACAAAUAAAGGCAUUGGAAAAUAAAAUUCACGACCAAAUCGUGGAAGGAAUCUCAAACACCAUAGACCAUGCACCAAUCGCACCUAAGACUAAGAGACAGCUCGUCAAACCCUUGAAUGAGAUGGCUGACGAGAUUUUCAAACAACCGUUGACCGAUGAUCUUAGGGACGAAAUGAAGCAAGAAAUGAAUCGAACUCUUGACGAAGUGCCGUUGGAUCAAGGGAUAAGUACCAAGAUAAGGACCGAACUGGAACAUAUCAUUGAUGAGAAUGUUGACUCUCUUGAAGCCGAACGGGAAGACAUCAUUGCACACACACCUUUCAAACAUGAAGACAAAAUGAGACCGGAAAGAGAAGUUACAGAAAACGAGAUAAAAUCUAAAAUUCUAAAAGACAUGGAUAAGGAAAUUGAACGAAAAGUGAAACCCGGUGAACACAGAGCUGAAAUUCAACAACAACUGAAACAGAUGGCCACUGAGCAAUUUCAAAACCCACUCGACGACAGUGCAAUUGAAGCCGUCAAACACGGAAUCGAAGAUGUCAUCGAUCAUACCUCUUUGUCUCAAACUAAAAAGAACGAGAUCAAAAAUGACUUGGCUGAAAUCGUUGACAGUGACAUCAACAUUUUACGAGAUCAAGUGAUUAAAAACGAAGAAAAACAAAUAAAGGCAUUGGAAAAUAAAAUUCACGACCAAAUCGUGGAAGGAAUCUCAAACACCAUAGACCAUGCACCAAUCGCACCUAAGACUAAGAGACAGCUCGUCAAACCCUUGAAUGAGAUGGCUGACGAGAUUUUCAAACAACCGUUGACCGAUGAUCUUAGGGACGAAAUGAAGCAAGAAAUGAAUCGAACUCUUGACGAAGUGCCGUUGGAUCAAGGGAUAAGUACCAAGAUAAGGAACGAACUGGAACACAUCAUUGAUGAGAAUGUUGACUCUCUUGAAGCCGAACGGGAAGACAUCAUUGCACACACACCUUUCAAACAUGAAGACAAAAUGAGACCGGAAAGAGAAGUUACAGAAAACGAGAUAAAAUCUAAAAUUCUAAAAGACAUGGAUAAGGAAAUUGAACAAAAAGUGAAACCCGGUGAACACAGAGCCGAAAUUCAACAACAACUGAAACAGAUGGCCACUGAGCAAUUUCAAAACCCACUCGACGAUAGUGCAGUUGAAGCCGUCAAACACGGAAUCGAAGAUGUCAUCGAUCAUACCUCUUUGUCUCAAACUAAAAAGAACGAGAUCAAAAAUGACUUGGCUGAAAUCGUUGACAGUGACAUUAACAUUUUACGAGAUCAAGUGAUUAAAAACGAAGAAAAACAAAUAAAGGCAUUGGAAAAUAAAAUUCACGACCAAAUCGUGGAAGGAAUCUCAAACACCAUAGACCAUGCACCAAUCGCACCUAAGACUAAGAGACAGCUCGUCAAACCCUUGAAUGAGAUGGCUGACGAGAUUUUCAAACAACCGUUGACCGAUGAUCUUAGGGACGAAAUGAAGCAAGAAAUGAAUCGAACUCUUGACGAAGUGCCGUUGGAUCAAGGGAUAAGUACCAAGAUAAGGACCGAACUGGAACAUAUCAUUGAUGAGAAUGUUGACUCUCUUGAAGCCGAACGGGAAGACAUCAUUGCACACACACCUUUCAAACAUGAAGACAAAAUGAGACCGGAAAGAGAAGUUACAGAAAACGAGAUAAAAUCUAAAAUUCUAAAAGACAUGGAUAAGGAAAUUGAACGAAAAGUGAAACCCGGUGAACACAGAGCUGAAAUUCAACAACAACUGAAACAGAUGGCCACAGAGCAAUUUCAAAACCCACUCGACGAUAGUGCAGUUGAAGCCGUCAAACACGGAAUCGAAGAUGUCAUCGAUCAUACCUCUUUGUCUCAAACUAAAAAGAACGAGAUCAAAAAUGACUUGGCUGAAAUCGUUGACAGUGACAUCAACAUUUUACGAGAUCAAGUGAUUAAAAAUGAAGAAAAACAAAUAAAGGCAUUGGAAAAUAAAAUUCAUGACCAAAUCGUGGAAGGAAUCUCAAACACCAUAGAUCAUGCACCAAUCGCACCUAAGACUAAGAGACAGCUCGUCAAACCCUUGAAUGAGAUGGCUGACGAGAUUUUCAAACAACCGUUGACCGAUGAUCUUAGGGACGAAAUGAAGCAAGAAAUGAAUCGAACUCUUGACGAAGUGCCGUUGGAUCAAGGGAUAAGUACCAAGAUAAGGACCGAACUGGAACAUAUCAUUGAUGAGAAUGUUGACUCUCUUGAAGCCGAACGGGAAUACAUCAUUGCACACACACCUUUCAAACAUGAAGACAAAAUGAGACCGGAAAGAGAAGUUACAGAAAGCGAGAUAAAAUCUAAAAUUCUAAAAGACAUGGAUAAGGAAAUUGAACAAAAAGUGAAACCCGGUGAACACAGAGCUGAAAUUCAACAACAACUGAAACAGAUGGCCACUGAGCAAUUUCAAAACCCACUCGACGAUAGUGCAGUUGAAGCCGUCAAACACGGAAUCGAAGAUGUCAUCGAUCAUACCUCUUUGUCUCAAACUAAAAAGAACGAGAUCAAAAAUGACUUGGCUGAAAUCGUUGACAGUGACAUCAACAUUUUACGAGAUCAAGUGAUUAAAAAUGAAGAAAAACAAAUAAAGGCAUUGGAAAAUAAAAUUCAUGACCAAAUCGUGGAAGGAAUCUCAAACACCAUAGAUCAUGCACCAAUCGCACCUAAGACUAAGAGACAGCUCGUCAAACCCUUGAAUGAGAUGGCUGACGAGAUUUUCAAACAACCGUUGACCGAUGAUCUUAGGGACGAAAUGAAGCAAGAAAUGAAUCGAACUCUUGACGAAGUGCCGUUGGAUCAAGGGAUAAGUACCAAGAUAAGGACCGAACUGGAACAUAUCAUUGAUGAGAAUGUUGACUCUCUUGAAGCCGAACGGGAAGACAUCAUUGCACACACACCUUUCAAACAUGAAGACAAAAUGAGACCGGAAAAGGAGGUUACUGAAGCAGAUAUUAAAUCUAAAAUCCUUAAGGGGAUGAAUAGGAAACUUGAACAAAAAUUAAAACCUGAUGAGGACAGAGCUGCAAUCCAACACAAAAUAAGACAGAUGGCAUCCGAGCAAUUUCAAAACCACCUCAACGAUAGUGCAGUUGAAGCUGUCAAAGAGGGUAUUGACCACAUUCUUGAUGAUACAUCUUUAUCUCAAGGUAAAAAGAACGAAAUUAAGAACGAUCUUACUAAUGUAGUCGACAACAAUAUUAAAAUUCUACGUGAUAACCUUAUAAAAAAGGAAGAAAAACAAAUAAAGGAAUUGGAGAUCAAAGUGCACGAUAAAAUUAUGGAAGGUGUCACAAAAACCAUUGACAAUGCAAAUAUAUCACCAAAGAAAAAAAGACAAUUAAAGAAACUUUUGAAUGAAAUGGCUGAUGAAAUUUUCAAACAGCCGUUGACUGGCGAUCUUAGGGAAGACAUGCUUGAUGGAAUGAAUAGAACUCUCGACGAAAUGCCUAUGGAUAUUGAGCUAAAAAAUAGAUUAAAAUCAGAAUUAACCCUGAUGAUUGGUGAAAAUGCUGACUUUUUCGAAAACCAAAAACAAUAUAUAAUAGACAACACACCAUUUAAGCAUUCAGAUACAAAUCUUGAAAAACAAGUUAAAGAAAAUAUCUUACAUGGAAUUGAUAAAAAAAUUGAUCAAUCUUUGGAGCCCAAUGAAAACAGAGCAGGGAUCAAACAUGAUCUAAGGAAAAUGGCAAAUAAACAUUUUCAACAACCACUAGAUGAAAAUGUCGUUGACGCAGUAAAAGACGGUAUAAAAGUUGUAAUCGAUGCAACUACACUACCACAAACUAAAAAGAAUAAAAUAAGUAACGAAUUGACAUCAUUAGUAGACGAAAAUAUUGAUAAUUACAUAACCAAUCUUAAAAAAUCUGAAGAAAAAGAAAUCGAGAAACUAGAAUCCCAAGUUCAUGGUGAGAUCAAGCAAGAUUUCGAAAAUGCUGUGGAAAAAGCGCCGCUAGCGUCAUACAAAAAGAAGCAGUUGGUGUCUGGCUUAGAAACCAUGACUGAUGAUAUUUUCAAAGAACCGUUGACUAGCGACGUUAAGGAACACAUGAUAAGCGGCCUGAAUAAAACCCUUGAUGAUGUCCCUUUAAAUCAAGGUAUGAAAACCAAGUUGCAAACAGAUUUAACCGAUGUGAUUGACAAAAAUGUUGACUCAUAUGAAACUAAAAAGGAAGUUAUUCAGAAAGGCAAAGCUUUUCGUAAAAGGAAGUUUAGUUACCAUCCGACAUAUGCAAAUGAUGAAUUUGAAGUUAAAAAUAAUAUUCUGCAAGAUGUUGAUAAAAAAAUCGAACAAUCGCUAAAACCUCACGAACACAGGAGUGAGGUUCAAGAAAAGUUCCGAGAAAUGGCAACCGAGCAAUUCCAAAAUCCGCUAGAUGAUAAUGUUGUCGACGCCGUCAAAGAGGGGAUAACUAAUGUAGUCGAUGGUACUUCUUUGCCCCUAAGCAAAAAAAAAGUAAUGAAAAACGAGUUGACCGAUAUCGUUGAUGUGAAUGUUGAUAGUUUUCGCGAAAAUCUUAAGGACAUGGAAGCAGAAAAACUCCAAGAAACGGAAAAAAAUAUGCAAGACCACAUCAUGCAAGGUAUUGAAACUACAGUAGAAAAAGCCUCCCUACCUACAUCAAAGAAAAUGCAAGUGUUGAAGGGCCUAAAGGAAACCGCAAAAAUUAUUUUGGAUCGACCAUUGACAGGCAAUUUCAAAGAAAACAUGUUGGCAGGUCUUGGCAAAGCUCUAGACGAAAUAUCACUAAAUCAGGAAAUUAAAAACAACUUGAAAUCUGAACUAAGCAAUAUGAUCAACGAUAAUGUUAAAUCAUAUGAAUCUGAUAAGAAAGCCAUUGAAACUUCAGCUCCAUUCAGAAAAUUAGCUAAAAUAAGAAGAAAAAGUUACAUGCCGAAGAAGAAGACUGCAGAUGAGAAUGAAGUAAAGGAGAAUAUUUUACAAGACAUUGAAGAAAAAAUUGAUCAAUCCUUGGAAGGCCAUGAAUAUCGAGACAAAGUCCAGCAGUUGCUUAGGGACAUGGCGAAACAAAAUUUAAAUAAACCACUCGAUGGAAGUGUUAUUAAUGCCGUUAAAGAAGGCAUAUCUGCUAUACUUGACGACACUUCGCUAUCACAAAGCAAGAAGAAUGAAAUAAAAAAAGAAUUAGCUGGAAUAGUCGACGACAAUAUCGAAAAUUUUCGCGAUGCUAUCGAAGAGCAGAAAACAAAAGAAAUGAAAGUAUUAGAAAAUAAAAUGCGCGAUGAUAUCAUCCGUGAUAUUGAAGCCACGCUUGAAAAGGAACCGCUCUCUUCAUAUAAAAAAAAACAACUGAUGUCAAGCUUGCAAAAUAUGGCCGAAGAGAUUUUUAAAGAACCGUUGACAAGUGAUUUUAAGGAGAAAAUGUUAAGUGGAUUAAAUAGAACUCUCGACAGUGCACCACUAAAUCAAGAUAUGAAAAAUAAAUUGAAGUCGGAAUUAUCUAAUGUGAUUGACAAGAAUGUACAAUCACAUGAAUCUGAUCAAAGGACCAUAACAGCAUCGACUCCUUUUGGAGAGUUGGACAAAGUUAAGACUUACAACUACAGGCCAAGAAAAGCUGAUAAUGAAGGUGAAGUCAAGAACAAUAUUUUGCAGGACAUUGAACGAAAAAUUCAACAAUCACUACAACCCAAUGAAUACAGAAACGACGUACAACGACGGAUAAAAAAAAUAGUAGCGGAAGAAUUUAAAAAACCUUUAGAUGAUAACGUCGUUGACGCUGUUAAGAGUAGCAUACUAAACUUGAUCGAAAACACUCCUUUGCCACCAAAUAAAAAAAAAGAAUUGGAAAACGAAAUAGCUGAUAUACUUGAUGUAAAUAUUGAUGUCUACCGUAAAACUUUAAAAGAAAAUGAAGAAAAAGAAAUAAGAGACUUAGAGAAAAAUAUUCAUGAUAAUAUAAUGCAGGGCAUUGAAACAACUUUGCAAAAUGUACCAUUGCCUACAGCAAAAAAGGAAAAAGUGAUGAAAGAUCUACUAGAUACGGCAAAAAAUAUUUUGAAACAACCCUUACCAGGUGAUGUAUUUCAAGAAAUGACAGAUGGCCUAAACAGAGCCCUUGAACAAAUGCCACUGACUCAGGAUGAGAAAACAAAUUUAAAAUCUGCAUUAAGUGACAUGAUUGAAGGAAAUAUUGAAUCUUAUCAGACUAAAACAGCGGAAAUUAAAGCUAAAACACCAUUUAAAAAAACUGAAAAUGUAAGACCAUACAGCUACAGGCCAAAAAAAGCAGCUAGUGAGGAAGAAUUAAAAAAUAAUAUCUUAAUGGACAUUGAUAAAAAGAUUGAAAAAGCCUUGAAACCUAAUGAAAACAGAAGUGAUGUUCAACAAAAGUUACGAAAAAUAGCAACAAAUUACUUUCAAAAACCUCUUGAUAAAAAUGUUUUAGACGAAUUAAAAGGGGAUAUAGCCAAAGUACUUAAAGAAACUCCGUUACCCGAGAGCAGAAAACUUGAAAUGCAAAACGAAUUGGCUAAAAUAAUCGACGAAAAUAUUGAUGACUUCCAAGACACUCUUAGAAGUGAAAAAGCGAAUAAAAUUAAUGAAUUGGAAAACAAAUUGCACGAUGAUUUAAUAGAAGGCAUUGAAAACAGAGUACAAAAAACACAGCUGCCCUCAACGAAAAAGAAACAAGUGAUGAAAGAUUUGCAGAAAACUGCUGACAAUAUUUUGCAACAUCCGUUCAGCGAUAACAUUCGAGAAGAAAUUAUCGAUGGCUUCAACAAAGCCCUUGACGACAUCCCAAUUAACAAAGAUGUAAAAAAUAACUUGAAAUCAGAAUUGAGUCAGCUCAUUGAUCAAGCUGUCGAUUCCUACGAAUCUGAUAAAGAAGCUAUUCAAUCUUCGAUACCUUAUCAACAACAAGACAAAGCUAUGUACAACUACAGACCAAAAAAGGCUGAUAGUGAAGCCGAAGUCAAAAACAACAUAUUGCAGGAUGUGGAUCUAAAAAUUCAACAGUCGUUAUUACCCGAGGAGAACAGAGCCGAUGUACAAAAACAGUUCUGGAACAUGGCAACAAAGGAAUUCAAUAAACCACUAAACGACAAUGUAGUUUCCACCGUCAAAGACGGCAUUGUCAAUAUUAUAGAGGGCACACCCCUACCACAAAGUAAAAAAACCGAAUUGGAAAACGAAAUGAAUGAUAUUGUUGACGUCAACAUUGAUGGCUUCCGCGUAUUGCACCAAGAAAAGGAAGACAAUCAAAUCAAAGAACUAGAAACCAAUGUUCAUGAUAAUAUCAUACAGGGAAUCGACAAGACCCUACAGAAAAUACCACUCCCUCCAUCGAAGAAGAAACAAGUUAUGAAAGGUCUACAGGACACUGCAGAAAAUAUUCUAAAACAACCCAUUACAGACGACCUUAGAGAACUCAUGAUAGAAGGUUUCCACAAAGCAAUUGACGAAAUGCCACUAACACAAGACGAAAAGAAUACUUUGAAAUCUGAACUGAGUGACAUGGUUGUCAAAAACAUUGAAUCUUAUGAAACUCAGAAGGCUGCGGUCAAAGCUUCGGCUCCACUUUCGAAGAAAGACGACAUCAGAAGGUUUAGCUAUAGACCAAUCGAAGUCGAUGAGAACGAAGUAAAAAGCAAAAUUUUAGAGGACAUCGAUAGAAAAAUUGAACGAUCUUUAACACCACAUGAGAAUCGAGCAGAAAUUCAACAAGAAAUAAAAAACAUGGCCACAAAAACAUUUGAAAAUCAGCUUAAUGAUGAAGUCGUAGACGCCGUCAAGGAUGGUAUAGUAAACAUCAUCGACAACACUUCUUUAACAGCGCAGAAGAAGAACGAAAUAAAGCACGAAUUAGCCGAAGUAGUUGACGAGCAUAUAGACGUCUUAGUAGGUAGUGUGAAAGAUAAAGAACAAAAUCAAAUCAAGGAACUGGAAACAAACGUCCAUGACAACAUAAUGCAGGGUAUUGAAACAACCGUACAAAAAGCACCACUGUCUACUGCUAAGAAAAACCAAGUGAUGAAAGGCUUACAUCAAACAGCAAACGAGGUUAUGAAACAACCAUUGACUAGUGAUUUCAAAGAAGACAUGGUAAAAGGCUUCAAUGAAACCCUCGAUGGAAUGCCGUUGGACCAAAACAUUAAAAGCAAUCUCAAAUCAGAAUUGACCGAUAUGGUCAGCGAAAACGUUGACUCCUAUGAGACCAAAAAGGAGGCUAUCAAAGCUAAGUCGCCCUUCAAGAAUGAUAGACGAUGCAGCUUUAUGCCAACAAAAGAAGUGGAUGAGAAUGAAACAAAGAACAACAUAUUAUUAGGUAUGGAUAAGAAAGUUGAUGAAACACUACUACCUGAUGAAAAUAAGACUGAAAUAAAAAAUGAACUGAGACAGAUGGCUACAGAAGUAUUUCAGGCCCCACUUACAACAGAUACAGCAGACGCCGUCAAAAACUACAUAGCUAGCAUAGUCUAUGACAGCAAUCUGCCAGAAGAGACAAAACCCAAACUGAUAGACGAACUAACCGACGUGGUUGACGAAAACAUGGAAAAACUGCGUGCCAGUGACCGCGCGAAAGGUACGCGAGAAGAUGGUAAUAAAUACGGGCAAACUAAAAGAAAAAGUGUUUCCAAAACAAUGCCUCCAGGACAAGUGACAAAGAAAAUCAGAGAGCCAGUAUUGCCUGAAAUAAAAGUUGACACGUCUUUGAUGGAGGAACUCGAAGAUGUGUUCGAUAAGCAGGAAUUAGAUCCCAACCUCAUAACGGGACUACAAGGAGAUGUCAUAAAAACGCUUGAAGAUCUUGUAGUCAGGUCGGACGGUAACGACGAAGAAGCGAAAUCCGCAGUUAUAAAUAAAAUUAUGCAAACCACAAAUCUGUCUGAACAACAGGCCGAUGAGUUAGCCACUGCACUCAUCGGUAGAGCAAAAGAAAUGAAACUUUUGGCUAAGACAAGCGAUUCUGAAGAAUACGACAGAGAAACUUUUGAAAAGUCAUCAAAAGCACCGAAUGGCAGAAUAGCAGAUUUGUCUGACAAAGAGUUUAUGGAUAGCCCUGAGUCACUAUUGGUGAGCGAUGAGAAUGUCUAUUUAAUUGAUGGUGUUCCAUUUGACGCUGGCGACCAAGAGACAGUCGACGUUUACGGGAUAAAAACUAAAGGCUUACCAGUAUACAAACAACCAGCCCCAAGUGAAGGCGCUACAUUACCAACUAAAGGAAACAUUGAUGACUUCCGUGCAAAUGUCACAGACGAAGAAGCUAAACAAAUCGAUGAACUGGAAACAAAAUUGCAUGAUUAUUUAAUACAGGGAAUCGAGAAUAGUGUGCAAAAGACUCAGCUGCCGUCUACGAAAAAGAAACAAGUGAUGAAACGUUUGCAGGAAACAACUGACAAUAUUUUGCAACAUCCGUUCAACGAUAACAUUCGAGAAGACAUUAUAGAUGGCUUCAAAAAAGCCCUUGACGACAUCCCAAUUAACAAAGAUGUAAAAAAUAACUUGAAAUCCGAAUUAAGUCAGCUCAUUGAUCAAGCUGUUGAUUCCUACGAAUCUGAUAAAGAAGCUAUUAAAUCUUCGAUACCGUAUAAACAACAAGACAAAGCUAUGUACAACUACAGACCAAAAAAGGCUGAUAGUGAAGCCGAAGUCAAAAACAACAUAUUGCAGGAUGUGGAUCUAAAAAUUCAACAGUCGUUAUUACCCGAGGAGAACAGAGCCGAUGUGCAAAAACAAGGGCACACCCCUACCACAAAGUAA